CACGUCUCCAUCUACUUCAUCACAGAUGUUUCCAAUCUUAUCUUGCCAGGAAUGGUGCGCGUCGAUGUCUCGAUUUCUUCAAUGAACCCAUGGACUCAGUUAUCAAAGACGCCGCGUGUCUCUCAUUCCAUCAAACACCCCCUAGUCGUUCUUUGAUCAGGGCGUUCUUUCGCGGGGAAGCCAGCAAGCUUCCAUUGUUUCGAAACAGACUCCGCGUGACUCCAUACCCCUGGGGGUUGUCGUACUUGGCGUUUCUUUCCAUUGGCCGAAGAACCCAUCAACGGGCGCCACCAAAGUAUAACAACACCACGUCAGAAAGUUCAAGACAACACUACCCCACUCAAGCUAUAAUUGUGUAUUCCAGAAUGCGCAAAAGACCUGAUUUAUGUAAUUCGUUGCCUAAGAAUGACGCCCCAUUUAACUCCAGUAAAUGCAAGCAGAGGUCCACCCAACCCAAGAUACAUGGGUUUGUCGACUCAUACCACACAGUCGCCGGCAACCGUGCACUGCUCCAAGGUCCAAGCCAAGCCAAUUCUCGAGAUCGAGACGUGUACGAUAUUCACUUCGUCAAAAUGUCAGCAACUUCGCGUAGUAUUGAGGAGGAUUGAAGACUGUACUCACUUUAAAGGGCCUGUCUAGUUGACCGGUGUACCACACUGCGGGCAGCAUUUGCCAGGGAUCACCCAUACAGUAU